GAGGUUUCAGUGUAUAAAAGAAUCCACAGCACCCUCGCUUAAACCCCGCUGUGUCUCAAUUCUCCAACUGUGCUCCACAGCUCCACUCCUCCGUCUUCUUACUUUAUUAUAAAAAAACUUCCAUUGGGAUUUCUUCCUGAACUCAAUAAAAACAACCCCAUUGAACUCCGUUUCCAUACCGCAUCUCGUAUUAGGAAAACCAGAGAUAGAUGGCUUCGGAGACACGGAUGUCGGACGAGGAAAUCACGAGGCUGUUCAGAAUUCGGCGUACAAUAAUGCAGAUGUUGAAUGACAGAGGUUACUUAGUUGGAGAUUUUGAAAUCAACGAGACAAGAGCUGAAUUUCUCGCUAAAUUCGGGGAUAAGUUAAGAAGAGAAGACCUUGAUAUCAAGAAAAGCAAGAGAAACGAUAAUGAUGAUCAUAUAUAUGUUUUCUUCCCUAAUAAUCCCAAAGUUAACAUUGAUACAAUGAAGAUUUGCAUUAAACGGAUGCAGAAUGAUGAGGUCUAUAAGGCAAUUGUGGUUGCUCAACAGAAUUUAACUCCCGUUGCCAAGAAAUUUAUCACUGAAUUUUCUUCCAAGUUCCAUAUGGAGGUCUUCCAGGAAGCGGAGCUGCUUGUCAACAUCAGUCGGCAUGUUCUUGUCCCUGAACAUCAACUUCUCACACCCGAAGAGAAGAAAACUUUGCUGGAGCGUUAUACUCUGAAAGAAACUCAGCUACCCCGAAUUCAGAUUACAGAUCCCAUUGCUAGAUAUUAUGGACUAAAACGUGGGCAAGUGGUGAAGAUUAUCAGGCCUAGUGAGACAGCAGGGAGAUACGUCACAUACCGAUACGUUGUUUGAGUAGUUUUUAGUAUUAUCGAAGCUGCAGAUUAGUUCUGAAAGGAAGGAUUUCAAAAGGUUUUCUUAAUAUUGUUGAUCGGGUAUAUCCAGGUUAGGUUUUGGGUGGACAAUCUGGAUUUCCAGUGGAUGGAUACCUAAUGAUGCAAGUUAAUGUCAGCUUUUGUGAUUUUCUAGAAAAGUAGAUUUGAGAUCCUUUUGAUUAUUUCCAAUACGAUUUGUGGCCUUAUUGUAAAUAUUUUUCUCAACCUACAAGUAUAGUUGCCUAGUUAAGUUUUAGUACUUUCAAAACAAUACUGUGCUUGUUCUGUGAUGAGUAUUGAUCGAAGCUAGCAAAUCCA